UCGAAGCGCCCCCCUCACAACGGUAACAUUCCUCUCGCUCCGUAUCCUCUUCGAUUCGCUCUCGUUUGGGCCAAUUGUAUGUGGCUUCAUUGCUCAUCCCCUCUCUCCACUCCCUGUCUUCUUCGUGAUUCGAAGCAUCGUCUGACCGAUUCGACCGAGGAGGAGGUAGCGGCUCUUGAGCCAGGAAUUUUGAGGUUCACUAACUUGGAGCAUUUGUCUAUAUAUACUUGAAGUUUUCAUGUUAUGAGAAGUCAUAUAGUGCUUCAAGAUGAGAAGGUUCUUUUCACUAAGAUCGUCUACAUCUAAUAGUGGAAAUAGCAACACAGCUGCUCCUGCACCAAACAACCAAAAGAAGAAUGUGAAAGUUCCAGCUUGCGAUGGUGUUCCUAAUGCCUCUCAAUCUCCCAGGGAAACUGUUCUUAAACCGUGCAACCGGUACCUGGAUGAUGAGGAUUCACUGAAGUCACUUAAUCAUCGACGGAGCCUCUCAUUUUCCUCUGCCACCACCAACUAUGGUAUGGAAGAAAAAUUCUUGAGUGACUUCAGCAGAUCACCAUCCAACUGUCGCAACACACUAAAUCAUGUUGACAACUGUCCUAUUCACUGUCAAUCGUCAACACCAGAAAGAGCUUCGAGAAAAAAGAGAGGAGAUCUGGCUGCCAUCCAAUAUACACGUGAUGUAGAGUUUGAUUCUUCAGGCUCAAGAGAAAAUUGUUCAUCAGGAAAUUCAUCAUGCGGUUCCCCUGUUCCAUUAAGAUGCAGAGCAAGUCAUAUGAGUACUUCAAACAAAACUGAAUUUCAUGAUUUCUACAUUGAUGGAGAGCCUCGAGUUAAAUUCAAUCAAGAUCAUACUAGCCACUCAUCCGGCACUGAAGUCGAUGGCUGUUUAGCAGACAAAAAUGUGCUCCCAUGUCCGGUAAGGCCACCCAGAGUUCAGUACAUGAAACCAAUGUCACCUACCUACGAUAAAGAAAACUUCAGGAGCUACUCAUUUAGGGAGACAAAUCAUCUCCAACGUUGUUCUACUCAAGAUUGGGCAAAAGAUGAUAUUAAGCUAGCAUCCCCUUCCAGAAAGACAAGAAGAAAUGCUGAGAAACUAUUCCAUGCAUUUGCUGGAAAAUUUUUAAAACCACAAGAUUAUGACUCUAGAACAACUACGACCAUAGAUGAUGUUAAUGAUGAUUUCUCUGAUGCACAACCGUCCUUGACCUCAAAUGGCUUUUCUGAAAUGCAUGAAUCUGAGAUUACUUCUUCCUGUGAAGAUGUAAAGGAUUGUUGCACAGAGGAACUAACUGGUUUUCAAAGACAUAAAUGCUCACUUAGAAAUGCAAUAAUGGAUGCUAAUGUUGAUAAUAUAUUUAACACCAGGCUGCAGGAAGAAGAAACAAAUGAGGAGUUACAAAGGAAGGUAAAAGAGUUGGAGGAGAAGCUCAAGCUCCUUUCUGAAGAAAACCCUGAAAUGAUGAAGUACAGGAGUAAAAGUUCAAACUUAACAGCAAUGCUCAAAAUUAUUCAGAACAUCAACGAAGACAGGAAAAUUUUGGCACUUGAGCUCUCAUCACAAAUUAGAUCCAGGCUUUCAGAGAGAUUUUCAGCAAAAGAGAGAUUUAAACAGUCUAAGGCAGAAUUGGAUACUAGAACAAGGCGUCUUGAGAAGGAGAAGAACGAGAUACAAUCGAGUUUAGAGAGAGAGUUGGACAGAAGGUCAAAUGACUGGUCAUUGAAGCUUGCUAAGUUUCUAUCUGAAGAGCAGAGGCUACGUGAACGUGUAAGAGAACUUGCUGAGCAGAACGUGGCACUUCAAAGAGAGAUUUCCUCACUCAAGGUUAAUGAGGUAGAAGCUCAGGGCAGGAUGCUGAACUCAGACAGGCAAAUGAAUGAGCUGACAGCUUGUUUGGAAGACGUGAGAACAAAGAACCAUGAUCUUCACCAGUCCUUAUCCGAGUUGCAAGACAGAUAUAGUGGAUCAGAAGAGGAUCGAGAUUGUCUCAGGAGAUGCUACAAGGAAAAGGAGAAGGAGAAUAAGGAACUGCAAGAAGUAGUUGUAAAGCUGCAAAGAGUAUGCAGUGAACAAGAGAAAUCAAUUAGUGGAUUGCGACGAGGAUACAGUGAUGAUUUAUGUAAGAAAGUAAUAGAGGAAGGUGAUAACAUCAGUAGGUUACAAAUGGAACAGUUACGAUUAACAGGUGUCGAACAGAUGCUGCGAAAGGAGGUUGAGUCCUGCAGGCUUGAAAUGGAAUCUCUUAGGCAUGAGAACAUCUCCCUCUUGGACCGUCUUCAAGGUACUCAUAAUGGUUAUGGCCACUCAUUUAUCAAACUUGACCGACAACUCCAUGCCCGAGUAGACCACUUGCAGACUCAGGGUUUGUCGCUGCUAGAUAAGAAUAGCUGCUAUCUUGGUGAUCUGUUAGAAUUUAUAAAACGCAGGUGGUAUCAGCAGGACACUAGCAUGGAUUUUGAUGGAUUUUCAGUGGACGAGUACAUUCUGAAGUAUCAGAGUCUAAAGAGAGGGAUUGAGAACUUCAGAAGAAACUUGCAAACUAUAUUGACAACAUUAGAUGAGAAGUCCAAUCUAGACUCAUUGCUAUGUCAUGUGCAAACUAUAGAAGAUGGUAAACCAAGGCAACUGAAGAGUCAGGUGUCAGAGGAUGAAAUGUUGUUAAACCUGAGGGCAGAAGCCAUACUAUCGAGAGUAUUGAAAGAGAAUCUGUGCUCCAGAGAAUUGGAAUACGAGCAAUUACAAGCUGACUUUGCAACUUCAGUUAGGGCUCGUGGCAUCCUGCAAACUGCUAACCAGAGACUGCAAGAUGAACUUUCUUGUCUUACCCACAAGAUGAAGGACUUGGAACUUCAGAUACUGAAGAAGGAUGAGACAAUCUCUCAGCUCCAUCAGGAGAUGCAGUUUUCCAUGAGGGAUCUAACUUCUGUUCAGAGCGUACUCCAAAACGUCUCUCAGGAAAAGGAGCAAAUGUGGGAGGAAGUGAAACAGUUGAGAAAGACUAACAUGCUUCUGGAGAAUGAGGUUAGUUGUCUCAGGAAGAAGAUUGAGACUCUUGACGAAGACAUACUUCUCAAGGAGGGCCAGAUAUCCAUUCUGAAAGACAGCAUGGAACAGUUCGUUCUAGAAUGAGAUUUUGAAGAAUAAAUCCGGUUUCCUGUAGGUCGUAUCUGGUUCACCCUUGUAGCACCAGCUUCCCAUCUUACUCUCAGUGAACCCUUUUGUGGUGGUAAAUGGUUGUCAGUCGUGGUGUGCACUUAUUGUAUCAACAUCAGAUAAUUUUCAUCUUCAUUUGAUUUUUCUUUUUCUUUUAUCUCAAUCGAAUGAUCUCAUGUAAAGACUUAGCUUGGCUUUCUGCAUUUUUCUUUACAGAGGAUACUGGAAUCUUGUUGCUGUGUAGGAAAUAUAAUACAGAGGAUGUGGGCCAUUUUGUUUGUUCU